AUGAACCUCCGGUUGCUUUCCUACGCGGCUCUCCUCCUCGGGAGUCGCGCAUCUGCCGAUCACGCGGAGCAACGCCCCCUUCGGAGCGACGACCAAUCGCGCGAAGGGCACCACCACCCCCGCGUCGUCUCGCCGGACCUGGACGCGUACAUCGAGGGCAUCAUGCGGGAGUGGCACGCUCCCGGCUUGGCGGUGGCCAUUGUUGACGGUGACAAGACGUGGGCAAAGGGCUACGGCUACGCCGUCCUCAACAACUCCACCCCCGUCACGCCGCACACCCUCUUCUACACUGGCAGCACCACCAAGUCCUUCACCGCCGCCGCCCUCUCCCUCCUCGUCGACGACGCCGCCACCGCCGCCGCCGCCGCCAACAACUCGUCCCUGUACGCCGGCCUCACCUGGCAGACCCCCGUCUCCAGCAUCCUGCGCGACGACUUCGUCCUCAGCGACGACUGGGCCACGGCCCACGUCACCGUCGAGGACGCCCUGAGCCACCGGACGGGAUACCCGCGGCACGACCUCGCCUCGGCCCGGACCGCCCGCGACACCGUCCGCCUGCUCCGCCACCUGCCCCUCGCCGCCGAGCCGCGCACGCGCUUCCUCUACAGCAACAAGAUGUACGCCGCCGCCGGCUACCUGGUCGAGGUCCUCACGGGCACCCGCCUCGGCGCCUUCCUCCGCGACCGCCUCUGGGCGCCCAUGGGCAUGGACGAGACGUACUUCUCCCUCGCCGAGGCCCGGCGCAGCGGCCUCGUCCUCGCGUCCGAGUACUACUACGACCCCGUCCGCGGGAGGCACGUCGAGCUGCCGCACGAGCCGUCGUCGGGCGAGGAGGGCGCGGGCUCCGUCGUCUCGACCGUGCUGGACUACGCAAAGUACCUGCGCGUCAUGGUCGACGAGGCGGCGCCGCUGUCCGCGGCCGGUCACCGCGAGCUCAAGACGCCGCGGAGCUUCGUCGUCACGUCGUCCAAGCCGCCGUACACGGGGCCCAUGACGUACGCCUUCGGCUGGAACACGGCCGUCUUCGAGGGCGAGCAGGUCUACUUCCACACGGGGGCCGUCACCAUGUUCAUCGCCGCCAUGAUGAUGAUCCCCUCCAAGAAGGUCGCCGUCGCCGUCUUCACCAACUCGGACAACAGGGUCCCCCACGUCGUGGCGCACCACGUCCUGUGGGAGCACCUGGGGGUGCCGAAGCACAAGCGGUUCGAUCUCAACAAGCAACUCAAGUCCGAGAUCGCAGACCAGCUCGAGUACCUCCAAAACUGCGCCAAGAGCAUUUACCCGUCCCUCCCGGACCCCCCUUACCUCCCCACGCUGCCCAUCGCGGACCACAUCGGCUCCUUCUUCGACCCGGGCUACGGCACCCUCACGGUCGACCUCCACUGCGCUGCCGACGACGACGACAACGACGACUCCAAGGCGUGCGGGCUCCGGGUCCUCGGCGUGGGCGGGGAGGGGUUUGCGUACCUGCAGCCCACCGUUUACCUCGAGCCCAUGUCCGGCAACUACUGGCUCGGCCGGGGGUACGUCGGCGGCGAUGUUGCAAAAGAAGUCGGGGUCCCGUCCUUCUGCAUGCCCGUCGAGUUCCGCGUCGACGUCCACGGGACCGUCACGCACCUGGGCAUCGGGGUCCGGCUGGAAGGGGACGACGGGCCGCUGACGUGGUUUGAGCGUGUCUGA